GCCAGCAUCUAGAGGAAAUGCGAAGCGUUCAAUUGUCAAACAGCACGCUUGUCCACAGUUGGCAUGAGAAGGAGAGGCGAACCUCUGUGAGAAGAGCUUUCUGGACGCCAUGGGGCCAACUCUGAAGCAGAGCCUGAGCAUGGUGAGCCGCAAUCCUGUCCACGGGCCCUCUGCCUUCCCUGCCUGGGCAAGGUCCGUGGGCGCCACGCUUGAUCACCACACGGUCCAGGAGGAGAAGGGGCUCAGCUCUACCGAGGUAGAUAGCAGGCGCAAGUACUAUGGCUACAACGAGUUGCACAAGGAGGAGCACGACUCGUGGUGGAAGUUGAUCUGGGAGCAGUUUGAAGACACGCUCGUGCGGAUCCUGCUCGUGGCGGCCGUUGUCUCGUUCGCGCUGGCCUACUUUGAGGACAACCCGCACGCGGAGGAGAAGAGCAUCACAGCGUACAUUGAGCCGCUGGUCAUCCUGCUCAUCCUCGCGAUCAACGCGAUCGUGGGGGUGUGGCAGGAGAGCAAUGCGGAGAACGCUUUGGAGGCGCUCAAGGAGAUGCAGUCGGAGCACGCCAAGGUGCUGAGGGACGGUCUUGUGAUUCCAGAUCUGCCAGCCAGAGAGCUGGUCCCUGGGGAUAUUGUCGAGAUCAGGGUGGGGGACAAGGUGCCAGCUGACAUGAGGCUCAUACGACUGAAGACGUCAACUCUGAGGGUUGAGCAAGCGUCGCUGACGGGGGAGAGUGUCGCGGUGCUCAAGUCCACGCAUGAGGUCCAGGAGGACGAGAUUGAACUUCAGGGCAAGGAGAGCAUGGUAUUCGCUGGCACGACUGUUGUGAACGGGACCGGUGUUUGUGUGGUCAACAGCAUCGGGAUGCAGACAGAGAUAGGUCACAUCCAGGAGCAGAUUCAGGCAGCUUCGGAGGAAGAGGAAGACACGCCUCUGAAGCAGAAGCUCGACCAGUUCGGCCAGACACUCACCAAAGUUAUCGCAGUGAUCUGUAUCCUAGUCUGGGUGAUCAACUACAAGUACUUCAUCUCGUGGGAGAUGAAAGACGGGAGGCCGGUCAAUAUCACAUUCAGCUUCGCAAAGGCAACGUACUACUUCAAGAUAGCUGUAGCUCUAGCAGUGGCGGCAAUUCCGGAAGGCUUGCCAGCGGUGAUUACCACUUGUUUAGCGCUCGGUACACGGAAGAUGGCCCAGAAAAACGCAAUUGUAAGGAAGCUGCCUUCAGUGGAGACACUAGGCUGCACCACAGUGAUCUGCAGUGACAAGACCGGCACGCUCACAACCAACCAGAUGUCUGUGGUCCACUUGGUAGCAGCUGGAGCUCAGCCAACUCAGCUCAGGGAUUUCAACGUCACCGGAACCACGUACGACCCGGCCGGUGGAGCCGUGCAAGGUCUGCCAAGCGUUCUGGACCGCAAUCUCCAGACAAUCGCUGAGAUCUGUGCGAUCAACAACGAGGGGAGCAUCGCGCUGUCAGGAAACGGGUUCAAGGCUGUCGGGUUGCCAACGGAGGCUGCUCUGAAGGUUUUGGUUGAGAAGAUUGGGGUCCCUGACAAUGGGAUUCGGGCGCAAGUGGCAGCGAAGGGCAGUCCUCUUGGUUUCAGCGACUGGUGGUGCGGUCGAUAUGAGAAGCGAGCCACCUUGGAGUUCGACCGGAUGAGGAAGUCUAUGAGCGUGAUUACCAAUGCCGGGAAGGGGUCUCCUAACCGCUUGCUCGUGAAGGGCGCCGUUGAGAACUUGCUCGACCGCUCCAACCGCAUCCAGCUGUCCGAUGGCUCCAUCGCGCCGCUCACCGCGCAAGUCCGGGACGCCAUCCAGCAGAAGUUGAGCAACAUGACGACACGCGCGCUGCGGUGCCUCGCGCUUGCAUACACGGACGAUCUGGGCCAGCUCGCAGGCUACGAUGGGACAGAGGCGCAUCCCGCGCACAAGGUGCUGAUGAGCCUUGAUGGGUACGCCAACAUUGAGAGCAACCUCGUGUUCGUGGGGAUGGUUGGGCUUCAGGAUCCCCCGCGACCAGAGGUGAAGGGCGCCAUCGACAACUGUCGGGACGCUGGCAUCCGGGUCAUUGUCAUCACGGGGGAUAACAAGGACACAGCGGAGGCGAUUUGCAAGAAGAUUGGUGUUUUUGGCGAGGGCGAGUCGCUCGAGGGCAAGAGUUUCACUGGCCGCGAGUUCGUGGACCUGAGUUACGAGAAGCGGCGCAGGGUUCUGAUGGACCAUGGCCUGGGCGGCCGGUGCAUCUCCCGUGCGGAGCCGCGACACAAGCAGGACAUCGUGCGCAUGCUCAAGGAGGCGGGAGAAGUCGUGGCCAUGACGGGAGACGGUGUGAACGACGCGCCUGCGCUCAAGCUCGCAGACAUCGGUAUUGCAAUGGGCAUUGCAGGAACAGAGGUCGCCAAGGAGGCGAGCGACAUGGUGUUGGCGGACGACAACUUCUCGACCAUUGUUGCGGCGGUGGAGGAGGGCCGCUCCAUCUACAGCAACAUGAAGGCCUUUAUCCGCUACAUGAUCUCGUCCAACAUCGGCGAGGUCGCGUCCAUCUUCUUCACCGCCGCGCUAGGACUGCCAGAGAUCCUUAUCCCAGUGCAAUUGCUCUGGGUGAACCUUGUAACCGACGGGCCCCCCGCCACCGCCCUCGGCUUCAACCCGCCCGACCAGGGCAUCAUGCAGAAGCCGCCCCGCAACAAGGACGACGUGCUUAUCAACGGAUGGGUCUUCUUCAGGUAUCUGGUGAUCGGAACGUACGUGGGCGUUGCGACAGUGGGCAUAUUUGCGCUGUGGUACACGGAGGCGUCGUUCCUGGGCAUCGACCUCGCGGGAGACGGCCAUACGCUCGUGUCCCUGCACCAGCUCAUGAACUGGGACCAGUGCCACACGUGGGAGGGCUUCAAGGCGGCGCCGUUCCAGGCCGGUUCGACCACCAUCUCGUUCGACAACCCGUGCGACUACUUCACCGUCGGCAAGGUCAAGGCGACCACCCUGUCCCUCACGGUUCUCGUCGCCAUCGAGAUGCUCAACUCCUUCAACGCUCUCUCGGAGGACGGCAGCCUGGUCCGCAUGCCCCCCUGGGUCAACCCGUGGCUGUGUAUCGCCGCGACCGGCUCGAUGCUCCUUCACUUCGUCAUCCUCUACGUCCCCUUCCUUGCCACAAUCUUCAGCAUCGUCCCGCUGAGCUUAAACGAGUGGCUUCUGGUCCUCGUGGUGUCGUUUCCCGUUAUCCUGAUUGACGAGGUGCUUAAGUUUGUCGGGCGAAGAAUGGCAGCGGCGGACCGGGCGGCCAGGAAAAAGAUUCAAUAGGCUUGCUGUUGACAUUGACGCUUGUGCAUUAUGCUAAGUUCGGAAGCAUUACUUGCUGAGAUUAGAUGAGAGCGUAUGAGGAGACUGUAUUCGGAUCCGUCCGGAUGACAUGGACACAGCUUCUUGCACAUUGAGGGCGAACAUUCUCGUCUUCGAAUCCUCACAAUUAUGAGAAUAUUCAUAAUAGAUACUCACUUACAAUUGGAGGCGUUGCCUGCCAC